AUGCUGGCGCCGCUGCUGGAGUACUGCGUGGAGCAAAUCGCGCUGGACGGCGAGGCAGGCACGGACAUGGCGCGGUUAUUUGCGAUGGUCGACGCGCAUAUCACCGAGCGGACCGGGAUGCCGCCAAAGAUGGACGACACGUACAAAGCAUACCUGUGGAAAGCCAUGCUUGCACACCCCGCCGUGCGCCUCGGCACGGUCCAUGCGCCGCACGCGGAGGCCAAGCACGCGGCGCGCGUAUCUGUGCACGGAAAAAGCAAAUCCACAGGCAUUGUGGCGCCUACGCCGCUGGACAAACACGGUGCACAGCUUGGGCCCUUGCACACGCGCUACGGCGAGGCGCUGCGCCUGUAUUUGGACGCGGAUGUGGUGCGGCGCGUCGUCACCGGCACGGACCUGCGCACGUUUCUCUCUGAUGCGGCGUACACGGUUCUGCAGCUUGUAUGCCGCGCGCGCGAGAACGGGAUGACUGUCGUUGCGCUGGGCGCCGCUACGGCCUACGACCAAAAAACCGUCUUUUACCUGGUCAAAACGCUGGUCGAGCGCGAUCUUGUCGCCAAGUUUUCGGCGCCGGAGAUGGGCCACGUGUCGAACUAUGUCGUGGACAAGCGGUAUCUUGCGCAGAAUCCCCAGUGGAGUGCCCAGCAAGCGGCGCAGACGGCGAUCGGCGAGCCUGUGUGGGUCACGACAGAGCGCCUGGCGCUCUUGGAGAGCGGCGCGCAGCACGACGAAAAAGAUACCGGCGACAGGGCGCCUGAUGCACGAGCGGACGGGCUUGAGGACGUCGAGGACGCCGCCGCGGCGCCGCGCCUGCCGCCCGCGCUCUACGAGCACGAGGACGAGAUGCUCGCAUACCCCCUCCUCAGCGAGGAACAGAGCAAUGUAUGGCUGCACUCGCGCCAGGACCUCUUGACGCAGCGACUCCACCGCUUGCUCGAGCGCUCGCCGCAGCACACGACGCCGCGCGCAUGGCUCGCACUGCGCCUCGGCCUGCGCCCGUGCAGAGGCCUGAAGCGCGCAUUUAUCACCUACCUGAACCGCUUUGUGCACGCGGGGCUGCUCGAGCGCGUGCAGGUGCAGCUGGGCAAUUUAUCGCCGCUGUACGUGCGCGCGACGCCCCAAGGCCUCGCCCAGCGCCUCGUCCUGCACACGGACGCUCCGCCUGCCGCGGAGACGUUGCCGCGUUGGGCGCUGCAGCGCGAGCGGACGAUUGAGUGGCAGCUGCACCGUGCCGUUGGCGAUGCGGGCAUCGGCGGAUGCACGAUGCAGAAUCUUGCGGCGCAUUUCGGCGCGUCCCACGAGAUCAAGCGGAUGAUGGAGCAGAUCCUUGGACGCCAAGCCGCCGCGCCAUACUCGCCAUGGACGCUCUGCGCGCCGUUCGAGCAACAAGGGCGCGAGCGGCGCAUCCGGUACUAUACCUUUUGCCAUUUCUGCGAAAAGUGCGCAAAAGACGAGAUCGACGUGGGCGUCGCGCUGGGGUACGCAAACGAGGCGGCGCUUGCGCUUGCGAGCGCGCCGGUGCCCACGAGCCUGCCCGGCGAAGCGCACUUUACGAGCGCGGAAGCGUACCAAAGCGCCGUGCACGGCGCGCAGAUGCACACACUUGGCUUCUUUCGCGACGUGAGCGGCCCCGUGCCCCUGUCGCAAAAGCGCAAAGCAAACAUCGACCCCCUCACUGGCCAAGCGAAGCGCGGCCGGCCGCGCAAAGUGGCACAGGAGCCAGCGGUGGAGGCAGUUUGCGCACCGCACGACGCUGCACCGCACGACGCUGCGCCGCAGCAAGACACGCGCACCGCAGUGCCGCCCAUACCUCCUGCGCCACGCAAGAACCUCACGCUGUUCCACCGCAGCGCCGCGCUCCAAAGCAUUGUGCACCGCCACGGCGGCGCCAUUGACACGCUUGAUAUUGCGCGUCUGUGCAAAGAAAGCAGCACGCAUCUCGACUUUUCCGACCGCACGACGCGCGCCAAAGUAGUCGCGUUUGCCACGCAGCACGGCCUGCUGAACACCACGCGCACACAGCGCCACGCGGACGAAGCACACAGGCAGCGCACGAUUUUGUACGACCCUGAUAUAACGCCGUCUGCACUGCAAACGUUUGUGCAGGCCGUCGCGGCGGGCGACGCUGGCUGGGACGGCAGCGCCCGGCGCAUGAAACGCGCCGCGAUCACGGCCGACGACGCGGGCCUUGCCGCGCCAUCGAUGCCGACGACGUUGCCGUGGGCCACUGCGGAAAAGGUGGCGCCGGACGCGGACCCUAUGGACGACCUUGGCACGCAGCGCGCAUUUGCGCGUCUUUCGCACGUCCUGCGGCAGUACUAUGGCUUCCCCUUUGGCCGCGCCGCGCGCCUCCGUCUAUUCCACGAGGCGGCAUUCGGCGCGGCGCGCCACCACACGGUCCCGCUCGCAUGGUUCUGGACCAAAGCCACCCUCUGGACCUACAUUGCGCUCAUCCCCGUCCGCCUCCAGACCCAAGCGGUGCUGCGUGCGGUUACGAAUCCCACGAUGCUCAACACGCCGCUCGAGGCGCUGCCCGAGAUGCUGGCACAGCGCCUCGGCGUCGGCCGCCAGAAGACCUACACGCCGCGCUUCCAACGCUAUGCCGCACAGCUGUGCACUUUGGGCCUCGCCGAGAUGGCGCCCGACGCAACGCUCCAGCUCGCCACCGCGGCCACCCUCGAGGGCCAGUCCUAUGCGCUGCACACGCUCGACGAGGCGCGCGCCUUUUGGUCGGCGCUGCGCGCCGCACACGCACCGCUUCCGCUCCCGAUGCUGCACAGCACCCACGCAUGGCAGGAUAUGUUCCAGCUCAAGCGCCAGCAAAAAGCGUUCCUGCGCCGCUACCGCACCGAGACGCCGUGCACACCCGCACUGCUGGCACGCCUUGCUGCUACCAUAUUUGCGCCGUACGACGCGGUAGAGGCCUUUUUUGCGCACGCGCCCAAAUCCAAACCCCUCGCCGCGAUUCUCGCGCAAAAAGUCGCGGACCGCCGCGCAGCGCGCGAGUCGACGUGGGAUGCAGCACUCGCCGAGGAGCGCGCACAGGAAGCACUGCCAAGCGCACGGCGCGAGACGCUCGAGCGCCUCCUUGCCCACCAAAAGACGCGCUACCUGGGCGGCAAAACGAGCUGCACCGUGGACGAGCUGCGUGCCCAGAUACGCUCCACGAUUGCCGCACAGCGACGGCACACCAAGCCGCGCAUGGUGCGCCGCCGAGAACACAACGCCAUCGCAUGGAGUGCACAGCACCAGGACACCCUGCGCGAUGCGUACGUCAUUCUGCACCACCGCCAUCUGCACGGCGCGCCGCUGGACUGGACCGCACUCUUGCAGUGCAUUCGCGCGGACCCUGCGUACGCCGAGCAUGCGAGCGCCGCGUGGAAUACAUGGCGCGCGCGCCUGAAACAGCUCGCGAGCGCGCCCGACGAGCAGGUGUACCUCCUGCUGCUGGAGCGCGCAUGGGGCGCGGUGCUGAAGGAUGCACACGUGCGUGGCGCGCUCGAUGCAUCGACCUUUCCGAGCAUGACGGAGCUCGAUCUCGUGCGCGAGAUUGCGUACCUGCGUGCGCAUGUCCAGAAAGAGACGCUGAUGGCGGAGCAUGCCGCGGAGGCCAAGCGCACGAUGCUGCCCUAUGUGGUCUCGCCGGCGUAUGCGGCGCGCUGGCAGCCGAUGCUGAAGCGCGCGUCGCUUGCGCUUCCCAACGAGACGCUGCCGAUGGUGCAUCGACUGCACAUGCAGCGUGCACAUGCAUUUAGCACAUCCAUGUACGCCUUUGCCCACGACAGAGACAAGCGCGCGGUGGGAGCACGCGCCGGCGUGUACGACGCCGCGGUCAAGAUGCUUGCAGAGACCGGCAAUGCUGCGUGGCGCACAUGCCUUGACGAAGAUCUGCUUGAGGCGGGAUUGGCGCGGAUGCUGGCGCAGAAAAUGGUGCGCUUUGUCGAGCGCGGCGAGCGGCGUGCCCUUGCGUUUACCGACGAGUUCCUGCGGCUGCUCCAUGCGCCGCUUUCGCAGACACAGGCCGCGGCUGCCGCGGCGGUGCAUGCGCUGCCGCUGCAUGCACAUCCCGCGGCGUCCGAGGGCGAGACGGCGGCGUGGAUCCAGCUGCUUGCAGACGGCGCGGUACGUCCGACGCUCGAUACUGCACCGCUCGGUGCACUGCGCCAGCGCUCGCAGCUCAAUGCACGCACGCUGGACGAUGUCGAGACAGAGUGCUCGGUCGCGCUGGCGCGUACCAAGGCACUGCCGGCGCCUGUGGCGUGCAAUGCACCCUGUGUGUGGCCCACGGGGCGCCUCGCGCACGGUUUGCUGCGCUCGGCGCUCGAGCGUGCCGGGCCAGACGGUCUUCCUGUAGCACAGUUGGCGCCGAGCAUGCACGAUGCGGCACGCAAUGCGCUCGAGGCACACGAGGUGCUUGUUACGGGCUACGAUACCUCGCGCCUCGUCCUUGCCGAGCACGCCGAGGCAUGGGCGGUCCCGCUGCUCGAGCACGGCCACACCUUUCCGCGUACUUGGCGCGAUGUGCAUGGCAAUGUGAACGAGCAUGUAUGGCGGCAGAGGCUUGCAUUGGUGCUUGCAUGGGUCACUGCGCGCCCGGGACUUUCGUUUGCGCACCUGCUGGUGCAGCUGGGCGGCUCAGUGGAUCGUGCAGAGCUAUGGGAGCUGAUGUGCGCAAGUGCAGAGACUGGGCGGAUUACAGUGCGGCCAUACGGCGGAGACUACCGGCUCUGCAGCGAUGCGGAGAUUGCGCUGGAUGUGGGCGAUGGUGCGUACUGGUUCCAGGAUGCAGAGAGUGUGUAG